UGAUUGGAUGGCAGCUUUGAAGGGUGUUUUUUCAAAUUGUAGUUUCUAAAUUGCUCGGUUGUAAAAACAUUUGACAAGAAGAGAGCGAGAAAGGUGGAAAAUACGUUAAACUUUCUGUCUGAAGAAAUGAGGACGACUGAGUUUGACUCUUCCUCUGAGGAUGAGGAGUUGGAUGAAGGACAGCUGACUCCGCUCCACAUUAGCUGGUUACCUCUGUCUAUAGUUGAAUGCUCACAGUACCUGGGAAUAUGUGCUCUACCAGGUUGCAAAUUUAAAGAUGUUCGUAGGUCCCUGCAGAGAGAUGUUGAUGAGCUGAAGAACCAGGGGGUGCAGGACUUGUUCGUCCUUUGCACCAGAGGGGAGCUUCACAUCUACAGAGUCCCCACCCUCCUGGAGGUCUAUGAGCAGCAAGGCUUCACCGUGCACCACACGCCUUUCCCCGACGGAGACGUCCCCGACUUAGAGCAGUGCUGCCAGAUCCUGAUGGAGCUGCAGCGCUGCCUUGAAAGCAACAGGAGGACCGUGAUCCACUGCUAUGGAGGCCUGGGACGAUCUGCUUUUAUCGCCGCCUGCCUGCUGCUCCAGCUCUCCUCGACACUCACUGCCAACCAAGCCAUCGAGUUCCUCAGAGAGCACAGAGGGGGAAGUGCCAUACAAACUGUGAAGCAGUACAACUUUCUGCAUGAGUUUCGGGAGAAGUAUGCUGCCUAUAAUGAAACCAGAGAGGCUCCCAAUGGGCGAUCGCUGUCUCUGUGAUUCUGGCUAAAAUGUUUUUGACUCAGAGAGGAAAAAAACUAUUGAAUGAAACUCUUCUUUCUUUUCUGCACCUCUAAGAGGUGAACUGUUAAAGAAUAAUAUAUUGCUUCUUUUGAGCUUUUGAAUGAGCCAAAAGCUUAGAUCUGGUUAUUCCUUUGGAUUAAAUGUAACAAGU